AUGUUUGUGGGGUUCUCAGCUUCCACUGGUAACCAUACACAAAUCCACAACAUACUCUCUUGGAACUUCACUUCUGUAAGCCAAGCUUUUCUACGCUUCCCUUCAUCUGAAACCUGCCAGGGUAAGAUCUUACUUGAGAAUAGUACAGCAGCACCAACUACUGAGAAGUCUUCUAAGAAUGAGCCAUCAAGAAGCUUUUUGAUUUUUAUGGCAUCUGUGGCAUUGGCUCUGGCUCUUUUCCUUGGCUUUUACUUCAUCAGCAGGCAUAGGAGAAAUGCUUCCAAGACAAAGACUUCAAUGGAGACAGAGAUUCACUUGCCAAGGCCUCCAAACAAACCACGCCGCUUCACAUUUUCUCAACUUUCAUCUUCAACUCGGUCAUUCAGUGAGAUAGAGUUGCUUGGCAAUGAUUCUAGAGGAGAAUACUACAGAGGAAAGCUUUCUAAUGGAAGCCAGGUGGCUGUGAAAAGCCUAGACAAAUGGUUAUUUGGGGCUGGCGUUCUUCCAUGGACUAGGAGAUUCAAAGUUAUUAAGGAUGUAGCUGAUGGCUUGAGCUUCCUCCACACUAAGCACCUAGCCCACAAGAACUUGAAAUGCAGCAGUGUGUUUCUAGAUGUCAACUUCAGAGCUGUUUUGGGUGAUUUUGGCUUUGUGCUGUUGGGGGCAGAAUCAAAAUAG